UAAAAGUAAUCUGUUGGAAUAUUGUUGGGUGUAAAGUAAAUAAUUAAGAGAAAAGUUUAAGAAUAAAAACAAAUUUAUUUAUUUCUCAUUUACCAAUAAACAAACAAUUUAAACAAAGCUGUCUGAUGAAUAUCAAACCCAUUAUUACAUAUUCUGGGGCAGGACCUCUUUUUCGUUCAUUAGAAAACAAUAUCGUCUCGACGAUUCCAAAUGACACCUGCGAAUGGAGACGCUCAUAUCAUCUCCCAGCCAAACAGGUUCGGUUGGAGGCUGCUGUCCAGCCUCUUAAUUAUGAGGCCUUAGAAAAAUACAAAAGAGGCAAUUGGAGUAUCCUUGAGCAUCCAAUUUUGCACAUUUUUACCACUGAAUGUGCGGAUUUGGACACUUAUAAAUCAACAACUCGCGAAGAAAUCGAUACGUGGCUCAGAAAACUCAACUCUUAUGGUGUCUCUGAUUGGAUGAUCCUUCUGGUUGAAACAUUCGAUGCGAAGAAAACCAAAAAUAUACUCCCUCGAACCACUGUUUUGGAUAAAAUCCGUCUGGAUUUUUGUUCGAAGAAUGACGAUCGCUGUAUUUCUGUUCUCAACCCUGCCAAACAAAAAUCAACCGAAUCGUUUCGCUGUCUUGUCCAAAGGAUAAGAUACCUCAUGCUAACGAGCUACACCCGCAACAUUACCAAGUACGAAGAGCUCAUUCGUGUGAGCAGAGAAAAACGUAAUCAAGAUGGAUGGGAUUUCCGCAAGUAUUUCUUUCUGCAAGAAGAUCUCGCCUUGAUUUUUGAAAAACUUGAACUAUAUUCUGAUGCACUGGUACAGUACGAUGAGCUGGAUGCAAUAUUCUCCCAAUUUAUCACAAAUUCUGGCUUCGGUGAGAAACAAAAGUGGUUGGAGCACUUUAAGCAGCCACUCACCUCGUUUCAUGGGAUCUGUUUGUCGCGCAGGAACAAGUUUGAAAUGCGUGAACGCAUUCGAGAGUCGGCAGUGUCGAUCCUUGAAUUUCGUAACUACCUUUUCGAGCGACAGUCUCAUUUAUUGCAAAUUUCCAACCUUACCCCCGAGAUAGCCGAACGUCUGCUGAAUUUUCUCUUUUCCACUCUGCGAGAGAUCGAAGUGAUCAAAGUCGACUGCCAGGAGGGUGCUCUACAAUGUUGGGAGUUCGUGUGUGCCCGAGAGGUGCUCCAGAUAUGCGAUCAGGCCAUGGAACCCGAUGAGGUUGUCUGCUUUCAACAUUGUGCUCCGAUUUGGAAUCUUGCCAAGGACAAACUGUACGAACUGGGAAAGCUUUGUGGAUUGCUACCAGGCUUCACUCCCACAUCGGAGCAACUGCACAUCGUAGUCAAUCUUUCUGCUGGCAUUGGGGACAACCCACUCGAACAGGAGUUCCUCAAUCCAACUCCACAAAUCGACACAAGAUCACACUCCCCCAAUCGAAAGCCCAAGGAGUGCCCAGCGGAGCAGCUGAAAAAAGCUCUCGGCUCAAAUCAGGCAUUUCAGAAGUUAUACCUGGAAUUGAGCGAACUAGCCAUAAGCACCUAUAAGCAUGUUUCGCGGCUGCGUUCGGCUCGCUUGGCUGGUCUGGACUUGGGUAACUUUUACUGCGCCCUCAACGAACCCCACAAAGCAGUGGUCUUCUUCACAGAUUUGCUCCGCGAAUUGAAGGCGGAGAAUUGGAACUAUUUGGCCAGUCAGACACUCCUGGAGCUAGCCAGUUGCUACCGCAAAAUGGACGAUCAUCUUUCAUACACAAAGACAUGCAGUGCUAUAUCCUGCUGCCAGGAUCUCGAGAUGUUAGUGCGAACCUUCUACUUUGACGAGUUCUUGAAAUGCUUGCGAACUCUGAAGGCAAACCUAACAGUGCAAUCGAUGGAAACUACAGCCAAUUUCUGUGUUCUCGAAGACCACUUUAAAAUUUGCGAAAUUGUCGUGGAAAACUCGAAGCCAAUCAUUCAAGACGACAUCGUCCAGGUUCACGUCAAGGUGGAGAGCUUUUUUCCACGAGAGGUUUUCGUAGAAAAUGUGUCGCUAUCGUUUGAAUUAAAUUCAGCAGACGAAGAGGCACUCGUUGAAAUUGCUCUGCCGAAUAUGCAGCAAAAACUGAAAGUAUCCUUAAAUUUAAGCUAUAAGCAGGAUAAUACUUUGGAGAGUGCCUCAGUUGCCUAUGAGAAGGUGAAGAAAACCCAACCGGUGAGGAGGACGAGCAGUACUAAGAGAAAACUAUCGCCUGCGGUGCAAUCGGAUUUCCAAAAUUUCGUCGUAGCCGAGGGUGUUGCUCUCCAUCCAGGAAUGAAUGUCAUCGAAAUGAAAACCAAGGCCACAAGAGUUGGAAUAUGGAUUUUUAAACAAAUGUCAAUUCGGCUGAAUCAACUUCAAUUUCUCUCCGAGAAGAUUCCGUUUAAAGUCACACCAUUCGAAAUCACAACGAAACCAGCAUCGGCGGUUUUGAGUUUCAAAAACCUCAUCGCCGGAAUUAUACAACCCGUCCGUCUUAUAGUCUCUGGUGGAAGUUUUAUAUUCCCUUCUGAGGCAAAAAUCAGCUUAAGUUGCUCGAAGCAUAUGCGCGUGCGUUUAGGUAACGAACCGCAAGCUGAUUUUGAAAGUACACUCAGUGUUCCCUUGUCGAAUUUCAAGUCGUUCGAAGAACGUGAGAUUCCUUUAGAAGUGAUUACAAAACUACCUGGCAGUAAUGUGGCCAAAUACUCCGAGCACCGCAUUACACUUGGUUGUCCGUGGUCACGAAAUGAAUUAACCAUUCCAUUGGAUUUCAUACCAGCCAUUACGGCUUCCUAUCGUCUGCAUACCUGUGGUACUCAAAAAUACGUUCAAGUACUACUCAAAGGUGUCAAUGCAGAGUUAGCUCUCUCGGAUGCCCACGUGAAAUGCGAUGUGCCCGGUGUUUAUUUGACCGAUCUGAAUCCAGCCACACAAAAGGAGAUUAGAAUUUGUAAGAAUCUAACGGUAUCAUUUAUUUGGGGCAUACAAAUGGAUUGGAAUGCAGAUAUUGCAGCUAGCAUCAAAAUUGAGUUCAAAGUCAAGUAUUCGGAUUGUUUGAGGCCGUCGAGUCCACUGAGAGACUACUCAUACACUUUUGAACUAAAUGAUUAUACAACCCUGUUGAAGAUUCAAGCUCAACUUGUGCCCAAUGAGUUGUGUCGUUUGCGUUCUGUGUGCAGUAUGAAUUUGAAAAUAACCAAGCUUCGGGACAGCAAGUUCGCUGACUUGAUGUAUGAAGUGCUUACCGAUCAUAUGUGGGCCGUUUGUGGACAAUCAUCUGGUAUUGUUUCAAUGAAGGAUAUAGAAAGUCAUUCCAUUUUACUUGAUGUUAUGCCAUUGAGCACAGGUUUCCUGCCAAUGCCAAGCAUUCGCAUAUCGCAAUAUAAAACCGAUCCCAACAAAGUGGUCCCUUUUGCAGUUGGCCAAGUUUAUAAUUCAACAAAAAGCAUGCAAAUUCAUGUGAUGGCCAACAAUAAUGGCGAGUAGUAAAAUUAUUUAAUUUAGAUUCAUUAAAAUAUAAGAAUUAAUAAUGUUUUUAUUUAACCCAUUUACAAAAUAUACAUAAUAUAAUUCCAUUUCCUCAAA